AUGGCGGAUAAAGCUCGCUUCGACACACGACGUUUGUUUGAACUGACAACUGUACCAAGUUACAGAAAUAUUAAAUCAAAACUGUACGAAGGUUACACUUCAAAGGAAAAGCAGGAGCUGGCGCAAGAAGACCAUACUGGCUUCCAGAAUUUCCUACGGGUGGACUCGGCCUUGUUCCAAGAGAUUCUGGAUCGUGUUGGUCCUAAAAUUGAAAGACAGGCGACAUUCAUGAGGGAACCACUUGAACCCGCUCUACGCUUGGCCAUCACUCUUCGUUACCUGGCGACUGGAAACUCAUACAAGACCCUUGAGUACGAAUUCAGGGUGGCUAACAACACAAUUUCCCGCAUUGUACCAGAAACAUGCAACGCAAUCAUCAAUGAGUUUGCAGAGGAAUUUCUGAAGUGUCCAUCAACACCAGAUGAGUGGAGAGCAGUGGCUGAAGGGUUCUCAAACAAGUGGAACUUUCACAACUGUUUGGGGGCUCUUGAUGGCAAGCAUGUAGCGAUCAGAGUGCCCAGUGCUUCCGGAUCCGUAUAUUACUACAAGGGAUUCCACAGUAUUGUACUCAUGGCCCUUGUGGACAGCCAGUAUCGCUUCCUAUAUGUGGAAGUGGGUGCAAAUGGCGGGCAAAUUCAGAUUCCUUCUCGACCCAAUGGCCCAAAGGACUGA